GGGCCCAGGCCACACGAUCACAGCAAUAUUCGCCACACACACCAAACGUGGAAUGAGAAUGUGCCCAGUUAACCAGUGAAACCCGCCUGUAACCCCCCCGUUAAAGAUUCCUCGUGAUAAAUAGUAUUAUUGUGUUUUUUUUUUUUGUUACUUUUCUCUCGUCAUCUUGGGGAAAAGCUUAAAAUAUUUGGAAAAAGGAAGCCGUCAUUGUGUGGAGGAAUAAAUGUGAGGAGUUGGCCAAUUGCUAUUGGGAAUAAUCCGAGGACUCGAGCAAAAAGAAUGGAAUCAAAAGGCGCGUUUUAACGGAAAUAAUAAGGCAUUGAACAUUAUGAAUGGUGAUUUGGGGUACGUGUACAUGAAUGGAGACAUUGGGAAGCUCCCACAAGGGGCGGUCUACCCAGCCACCCCUGAACCCUUGGGUUCAGUCGGUGGUGCUGUUGUUACAAGCCCACCAACACUAGAUUACAGUGUCAUGAACGGUGGACCAUCAACUGGCGAACUGAUGCUAGAUCCAGGUAUGGGUGGUAUUGAGCCCACUGCUCAGCAUCCCAUUGGAUUGGGUGGUGCUGUUGGUGUUGGUUAUGCACCAGUUGAUGUUACAAUUGCUGAUGCCCAGUUAUCCCAAAAUUCAAUGACAGAUAUGCCGGUAACUGGUAUACCAUUGGAUCAGCUUAAACAGAUGCUCUCUUCACAACUCGAAUAUUACUUCUCCAGAGAAAACUUAGCCAAUGAUACAUAUUUAUUAUCUCAAAUGGAUAAUGAUCAAUAUGUUCCUAUAUGGACGGUAGCAAACUUUAAUCAAGUUAAAAAAUUGACCAAGGACAUUAUGCUGAUAACAGAGGUGCUACGUGAAUCACCGAAUGUUCAAGUUGAUGAGGAAGGACAGAAAGUCAGGCCAAAUCACAAACGAUGUAUAGUCAUACUCCGGGAAAUACCAGACAACACACCUCUGGAAGAAGUCAAAAAUUUAUUCUCAGGCGAAGGAUGUCCGAGGCUCAUAUCGUGUGAGUUUGCCCACAAUAGCUCCUGGUAUGUGACUUUUGAAUCUGAUGAAGAUGCUCAGAAGGCCUACAGGUUUCUUCGCGAGGAAGUUAAAGAAUUUCAGGGAAAGCCAAUUAUGGCAAGGAUCAAAGCGAAACCAAUGACAAACAGGCUACCAAUACCAGCAGCAGUGCCUGGUGUUAGUGGUAUUAAAAAUGGCUAUCGUACACCUCCACCUCAGCCGGUGUAUGAUCCCAGCAGUUACCCACCUGGUCAGCCGAUCUACCGGUAUGCAAAUGGCACGACCAUGCCACAAACUACAAUGCCGCCAUAUGCCAACCAGGUUCACGUUUACCAUCAACCCUUCUAUCCACCAUCGAUGGUGCAUUGGCCACCUUACUUUGAUAUAACGACAAGCGUAUUUGCGAUGAACGGUCUAAACCCCCACAACUCGUUCAAACCUCCACAGAGAUUCCAUCCAAGAAAUAGCAGAAAUAAACAUAGAAAUGGAUCAGAACGUGGUGGAAAUACAAUGGACAGUGGUGGUAGUAGUAAUAUGGCACAAAUGGCUCGCACAAGUCAUCCACAGAAAAGCAGUACCAGUGGACAGAGUGUAGCGAAUCAAUUGCCACCACUUCAAACUCAACAAAUACCAAUAUCAAAAGCAUCAUCAUCUUCCUAUCAGCAAACCGGCACAAAAUUUCAUUCCUCACAUUCAAGCGGAACUGUACAACAAAAUGUAACAAAUACAUCAUCACAGAUGAAUGAACCACAGUACAGUGUAAUCCACCAUCAUGGUACAAAAGUAACAUCAUCAACAACACCAUCAUCAUCAUCACAGGAUGAUAAUACGAGUAUUGAAAAUACAAUACAAUAUACACGUCAUCGUAUUUCACGCAGGACCAAAGAACAGGAGACUGUUGGACUUACAAAGUCUAAUAAUAAUAAUAAUAAUAACAACAGUCAAGUUAACCAAUUGCGUGAUAAUCAAGUAGUAACGCAGACUGUUACUAAUACAACUGGAGCACCGUACAGUAGAGGUAUUGUACAGUUUGAUCUUGAGGCAUCAGCAUUUCCACCACUACCCUGUCUUGAUGCUGAUAAUAAAAUAAACAAUUCAACGAGUGAUACAACUGUUGGAAAUGACAGUUUGCAAUCGCAAAAUAGAUUGUCCGAUGUUGUAAAGGGUACAGCUAAGCUCAAAAUAACCAAGGAUAAGGAACAAUUGUCUAAUCAACAUAAUCAACAGGGAGUAACAGUUAACAGUAGAUCAACGAGUCCUGGUACAAGUGGUACAAUAUAUGAUUGUACAAAUGCCAAUGCAACAUCUGUAACGAGUACAGCAGCUAUUUCUGGUGGUGCUAUGACGAGCACAAAUCCUUCUGAAUCAUCAGACAUCGCUCUCAGCACUAUCACCCUCACUCCCCCGUCAUCUCCCGAUAAAUCUAUAAAGACUGAUGACACGAACAUGGUGAAUGGUGUGGAUGAGGCCAUAAGUACAAAUGCGCAUGCCGCAGAGGAGUCUGAGAUGGUAACGAGGUGCAAUUGUGACAUCCCUACUGCCCCACAGAAUCCUCAGUCACAAACUGGAGUGGCCUCGGCCUUUCCCUUAGACCUCAACAGGCCAAGCUAUGCCCAAGUAGCUCAGCACUGUCGCGAGCUACGUUGUACAAAACACAAAACAGAUGAUAAGGAUGGAAACGAAUAAAAAAAACAAUAUGUAAGUAAUAUUACUGCAAAUCAAUUAAUUGAGCAGUCACUUCCCCCUACUCCCUCGAGUUUUGGAUUGAAUGGAUUGAUAAUCAAUGCUCGUAUCCUAAUUAAAAUAAAAGUGAUUAUAUAGACACAGUGGGAGCGAAGUUGAGAUAAAAAGUUAUUCAGAUACUUUUGAUAUUGUACAGUGACUUCGCCUACAAUGAAUUGUGGUAACAAUUAACAAUCCCAAUGAAUUAUUGAAAACGAGAGAACUAAUAAUGGAUGACUAAUGUCAGCUGUUCAAGUGGUUCGAUAAUUUGCGCAUUUGCGAAAUUAACAAAGGAAAAAUAAUGAUGGGAUCUUAAUGAAAAAUUAUAAAAGACAGAUCGGUAAAAAACAAUGCGUCGAUUAUAAAGAGGAAGGAAAGAGUAUUGUUAUUGCUUUGGUUCUGUGAUUUUGGAGGUACAUAUUUGUUAGUUUGUAAAAAGAGAAGAAUGUUAAACCUAAGGUGUUAAUUGUUUAAUUCCUUCGUCCUCCUUCUACCCUUUACAUAGCGCAGGGCCGUAAAUGGGGAAAACACAAUGAAUAAAGAAUCAUUUGACAUUAUUAAUGAUAAAAAAAUCAUUAGUUUGUGCCAAAAUUUUGUGUAUGGAAAUCGUGCACACAGUUUAAGGAAUGUAAUAGAGCAACGAAAUAUGUAAUUUACAAUGAUACUGAUUGAUAACGAAUCAUUAUUAUUAUUAUUUUUUUUCAUUUUCUUGAGGAAGUGACGUUCAUCUCUUUUGAGCUUUACUCACGUGCUAUGUGUUUAACACUCAGUAAUAAUUUCAAAGUUCUUUAAUUUUUUUAUCAUUUGGAAAAUAAGCAUUAGCUCACAAAUUAGUGACUUCCUGAUGAUUUUCAUUAUUUUCCAGAAUAUUGAUUAUCAUUUUAUUGAUUAGAUGCUUCAAGAGAUAUUGAAGGUGAAAUUUACUUUGUUAUGAUUUUUCUCGUGAUACUUUAACAGUGUAUUUAAUUUUUUAUGUCCUAAAAGUAAUAGUGGAGAGGGCUUAGACGAAGUGACAGUGAUGGCUUCCAUAAUACAGAAAUAAUAAAAAAAUUAACAAUAACUACACAACAGAUAAAGUUACAGAUUUUGUGAAAUAUGUGGGAGGAUACGUCCAGUAGAAAUCGGUAUUCUGGAGAUAAUUAAAACAGAUAAUAACGAUAAUUAAUUUCGGGUCCAUGCUCCUUAGACUCCUGCUUGUGACGUGGUCUGCAUUACCUAAUUACGGCACUGGCCCUUUUUAAUUUACUUUUUCUCAUUUUUAGUAAUAUUGUUAUGAGAGGUAACAUAUGAUUUAGAGUUAUGCUUUGGCAAUAAAAAAAAAAAUAUUAAAACAAUGAUGAAGUAAGCAUUAAGUGAAUAAAUAAUAAUUAAAGAAUAAUGAAAAAAAAAAUCAAUAAAAAGCAUAAAAAAAGUUUAAAAACUAAAAAUGGUAAAUAAUGAUGAUUUAAGAGGAAGAGGAAUAUGGAUGAAUAGCGAAUAAAAAUAAUAAAGAAUAAAAAAUGAUAAUUUGAGCACACAAUUAAGUGCCUCAAGUGUUAUGUAUAUUACAGGAGCUUGGCUUUAGAUGUUAUACGAUUAUAUGUAAAACUUAAAUAUUAUAGUAAACAGAUAAAAAAAAAAAUAAAGAUGCGCAUAUGAUAUAUUUGUUACUGAUAUGCGUGCAGAAUUGAAAAAAUUAAAAUACGUGGUGAAAUAAUAAGUUAAAUAAUAAUGAACUAAUGAAAAUAAAUCAAUAGUAAAAAACGUGGUGGAAUAUAAAAAACAAUGUUUGCUUUUUCGGAAUUAUCAACGGAUUUACUGAUAUAUAAAUACUAUAUAUAAAUAAUUUUUCUUUUAAGUUAGUAAUGCUGCCUUUUAAUUUUUACACGUUGAGAGCGAUUUUUUUCUCCCAUUAGAAAAUUUUAAAUGAAUAAAAGAUAAAAAAGCAGGUUCGAUCAUUUUUCAUUUGUGUUCAAUUUAUUGAUUUUCGAAAACCAAUCAUCGAUAUGAAUUUCAAUAAUGUCAGAUCGCUCACGUGUAUGAAAUGAAAGAGAACUAAAAUAUAAAAAAUAAAGAUGGGAAGUUUGUUACGAUGGCGUAAAUAGGAAUUGUAGAGAGAAUAAAGAGAAUGAGAAUGGUGAAAAAAGGAUGGACGAACAAAUUUAUAAUACUUUUUUUAUUGGUAAAAUUACCUGAGCUGGACACAUGUUCGUGACGACGAAAAAAAUAUUAAAGAAGAAUUGAACCAACUUUUGGGUUUGUAAGUGUGCGAUUUAAUUAUUAAUUUUUAUCUCUAUGUGGCAAUUAUUCUAAAAUAAAUAACAUAAUGUCGUUGAUUUGACCGAGACAACCCUCCUCAGAAUAAGACUCUGUCUUCUAUAUAUUUUUUCGUAAAAUAAUAAAUAAUAAAAAUGAGGAAAAACGUCGAUUGUUGUAAAGAAAGAGCGAGAGAGAGAGAGAAUGAGAAUGAACGAAAAAAUGCAUAAACUAUAAAUAAAAUUAUAAUACGUGCCUAUUUCUGGGGUAACGGUUACCUUGCUAACUGAUGUAAUUACAUUGACAACAAAAUGAAUUUAAAAUGCUGAGAGGAAUACGCAUUCCUUAGGGUUUAUCAAUAAAAAAAGUUACCAAAUUAAAAGAAUACAACAAAAUAUGUAAAAAGCAAAAAAAGAACAAAAAUAAUAAUGCAAAAUAGAAAAAACAAAGAAUUAACGUAUAAAUGAUAUUGGCUGAGGAAGAAUAACGGCAUUCAUCUCGAUUUAGUGGAUAAUAAAUUCGCAAAAUUGCGUAUUUAAAAAUAUGUUCGUUAAUGAUAAGAAUAUCAAAAAAAUGGGUAGUACACGCUUCAUGAAUGCCGUGGAUACAUUGUGCUCCUUAUCAAUUAUUUAUCCAUUAAUUCCCCCCUGUUUUAUUCGUCAAAAUACUAAUAUUCGAACAACAAUGGGAUAGAAAACUAAUUUCCAAUUAUCGUAAUUAUGAGUCACAUUAAAACAGUUGACAAAACAAAAAGAAAUGAAUUAAUAAUAAGAAUUGAGGAUUAAUAAAUAUGCAGAUACUUAAAAGAGGACGAUAGCAAUGCCUUGGAUCUGACUAAUAAAAUCGCGGUAUUGAUUUAAUUAAAAAUAUUGGACACUCAACUGCUGACACUCUCGAUCAUUGAAAUACUUUCCGCAAUCCUACGACUAAAAACGUAUUUGAAUUCAAACGGGGAGGACGGUAACGAUAAAAUGUGAAAUUACUUAAUAACUAUCAUCUCACGCCAAUGCAGGUUAUCAAACAAAUUAAUAUCAUGAGUAGUCAUGAAUUAAACCUAAAAAGCUUAAAAAUUAUCACGAGGAGGAUCUACAAAAUCCAAUGUUAAUUAUGAAUAAUUUAAAAUCAAUUAGAGAGUAAUGGUGAAAUUGGUACGAGUUGUCACUAUUUAUGGGGAUCCAAGGCAGUAAAUAUAUUGCGUUUUAAUGAUUUCAAUGAAAUUUUUAAAAAACGUCGAUACUCGAGGCUGGUAAAAAUGUCAUGGAUCAGCAUAAACUGUGAUUCGACCGGAUCCCACAAAAAAUGAAUAAUAUUAAUGAUAUUAAUGAAUAAUUAAAGAAAAUAAUCAAUAAAAACCAACACAAUGUAAAUGUACUCGGUUUCAUGGGCCACAGGCCUAGAAAGUCUGAUUUUUUAAUACUACGAGCAAUGUGUAUUGUAAAAAGAUGGGUCUACAAACAUUUCUUUGUUUUUCAUAUUCACCAUUUGAAAAGUGAGCAAAUUUUUCUUCCGUAAUUAAAGCUUAAUUGCGGUAAUUAGUUUCUUCCUGUUUUUUUUUCCCUUUUUUUCUUUUUCCUUUCGUUCUUGCUCUUUAGUAAAUUUAUCUGAAUCGCUUCUCCGUAGAAUUUACUGCACACUAACAUUAUUAUUUUUUUUUAAUUGUGGAAUCGAUUAAUUACCAUCGUUAAAUGGUGUUUUUAAAAAUAAUUUUCCAUUGAUUUUCGUUAAUCGUACAAACAAGGAGAAAAAUUAUUUGAAAAAUUGUAAUUUAGGAUUUAGGAAACGGCCUAGUAUAUUGCAGUGAGAGUCGAGAGUCGAAUAGAGAUUGAGAGAGUUAUAGAAAAUUUAAAUAACCAUUUUCUAAACCUUUUAGUCAGUCAAAGAAACAAGAAAAUAUUAAAUAUUAUUAUGCAUGAUGUUCCAUUCAGAGCGUAUAAAAAUAUAUGAAACUGCCGAUAUUUUUAAAAUGUGAGACUGACAGAUUCCUUCACUGGAUGCUAAUCGAUUCACGUGAAUUUAUACGAUUUUUAGUUUUCUUUCUUUCCUAUUAAUUUUCUGUCCUCAAUUGACGAAUUAUUUCGUUACUCUUCGGGUCACUGUGGGGUCUCAGAUUGUUUUCUAAGUGAGAGUGUGUGAUGAUUAUUCAUAUAUGAAGUUUGGUGCGCUCAUUGGCGGUUUCAAAUUGGCUCAAUAAUUAUUCAAUUUCGACUUUCAAAAUUCUUCAAGUUAUCGUUCAGUUACGAUUUCCGAAUUAUUUUAUUAUUUCAAUAUAUUUUCAUAAUUAAUUAUUUUCAUUUGGUCCAGUGUGACUGUCCACAAGUGGCUGGCAUUAGUCCAAUAAUUUACGAUUCCAAUUAAAUUAUUUUCAAGCAUGACCCUUACUUCAACUCAAAAUGGUAGACCAAAGGGAAAAUAAAAAUCACUGAUAAAUAAUUCUUCAGUCACAAUAAAUGCUGCAUGUCUGUGUGUCUACUAUCAUUCCGUGCCUUUUUGAGUAUAUGUGGCUGACAAACCUUUUUGCGAAGAUUAUCUGAAAAUGCAAAUGAUGGGAAAAAAUAAUUAAAAAAUUAAUAAAUACCGAGUGUUUCCUCUGUUCACUUUUAUUAGUCCAAAAACAGUAAAAAUGACCGUAAUAAAGAAUGAUGUAGUGACAGAAGUAGUGCGAAUAAUGGUCGCAUAUCACAGCUCUUGAUACUUUAGUGACUCCCCUCUAAUGACAAGAUUGAUCCAAUGAUGGAGAACAAACGUAAUGAGUAGAAAGGAUGAUUUUUUUUUCAUUGAACAUAAUGAUGUAUGACAACACGUAUUAGUUAAUGAUAAAAUUUCACCGCCAGUGAGAGUAGACAUAUUUUUAUAGAUUCAUUUGAACCGUUGAUCGACUGCUUAUGAAGUGCACUACUGGAAAAAAAUUUAAAAACAAGGAGAAACAAAUUUAAAUGAAUUAAUAAAAUAAAAAAUACAAUUGUAUGAAUGUUACGUGAGUUACUACUGUGAAUUUAAAAUAAAAGUAACUUCAUAUAGUUGAAAUUGUGGGUAAAUGGAGAGAACUCACACAUACAAUUAUUGAAAAUAUGAAAUAUAAAACGAGUAAAUUCAUGUAAACAGCAUUAUCGCUGCGAUAUAGGAAACAAAAAUGGAGAAAACUAAAAACAAAAUAAUAAUAUUUCAUUUUUUAUUGCAUUCGAAGGAAGAUAUGAUGUUAUAUGAUUUACUUUCUUUCGUGAUUGUGGAUUUUUUUGUGUAAUCUAAAACAAAAAUUGGAAAUUACUAUGAGUGUAUAUAAAAGAUUUAUCCAUUGCACCCGGAUGUAGCAGAUAAGACGAAAAAAUAAUUUGUACAUAAUAUACAUAAUAUAAAUAAAUAAAAAUAGAUAUAUA